GAUGCGUUAAAAGAAAAAGAAAAAGAAGAAGCAGCGAGCCCGGCGGUUCCGUGUUCGAGGCUGCCAGUCGCUGAGAAAACUACGGUUCCGGUAUUUGACAGUUUAAAGUUAAAACGAUAAGAAGAACAGUACUGUUCUCCACAUAAAGCCGAGAAUGACGGACAGGAAGCCGUGUAAGGUGUGCAACUUCACCCGACAGAAGUCAUACGGGGUGGUGGUUCCCUCAUUAGAUGAGCUGAAGAUAAAAGGAAGUGAGUUUCUUGGGUUGAGUCCUGGGGAGCCUGUCACAGUGGUCCUAGAGGAUGAUGGGACGAUAGUAGAGGACCAGUCCUACUUUUUGUGUUUACCUUUAAACACAAAGUUCAUGUUGUUGCAUAAAAAAGAGAAAUGGUCACCAGUUCGCAGGGUGGAUGGUGGCACGGCCUGGAUGGCCAGAGAUUCUCUGCUGCUGGAUGCUGAUACCGUGGACACCGCCAUUGCUGCAGAACCCUGGCUGGACCUGGCUCAGCAGCUGAAGCAGGACCUUGCCAGCAUCAUCCUCAUGUCUGAGGCAGACUUACAGACCUUAGUGGAUGCUCCGUGCCUUGAGCUGGCCUCUGCUCUAGGCUUUCAAGAGAAGAAGGCUGAGGACCUUCAGGAGACACUUCAGAGGGUUUUGGACCGACGAGAGGAAGAGAGGCAGUCCAAGGAGUUGCUCCAGCUCUACCUCAAAGCUGCGGAGAAAGAGGACGGACAGCAGGAAGACCCAAGACAGCCCACACAGGAAGGAGCUGGAGACGUGGAGGUGGAUGCAAUGGAUGUGGACUCUGCAUCCGGAUUCAUGUCCAGGACACUGAUGGUCCUGAAAGGCAAAACAAGCCCAGAGACCCGACUCUCCACUGAGGAUCUGCAGAUGGUUGUGACCAGAGGGGUGGAAGCUAUGGAGCAGGUGCUGGGCUGGGACAGAAUGAGGACUUCUGCGCUGCUGCAGGCCUGCGAAGCCGAGCUGACCGGACGUCUCCAGCAGGUUCAGGCUGUGCAGUCCAUCAGGAGCAACACACAGCUGGACAGCAGCCGGCAGUCCAGUUAGCGGAGCACGGAGGAGGGUCUAGAAGCGGCAGCCCAAGGCAGCAACUAGGCCAAGGCUUCUCCUGAGAAGAGACUGAUAAGAAUUCACACAGCCUGCCUCAGGGUCAGAAGAAUGGGAUUUACCUUGUGUUAAUAAUACAGUCCAUAAUGCUGGAAUCCAUGAAUGUUUAUGAUGUUGGCGUUUGCAUAAUUUUGUAGAACUUGCAAACCGCAGGGUCAUUUGCACAAGUCAUGUUUAUCAAAGACAUGCUGGCGUUAACCACUGGCAUCUACUUUCUAUUGGUUCCUUAUUUUGGUGAGUGCCAUGCUGUGAAAAUAAUCACAGAUAAACAAAUCCAUGUGAAAAGCAAAACAGUUUGGGAAAUAUGCCCAUUUGCUUUCUUGUUGAGAGUUAGCUCAAAAGAUCCAGACAAUCACCCUCUGAACACUUGUUCAAUAUGAAGUUUGAGCUGUCAGCCAGAUAGCUUAGCUUAGCAUAAAGACUGGAAACUGGGAUACAGCUAGCUCAUACCACCACCUGGUAUGCUCAGUACACCUAACAUCUUUCUUUGGUCUCUGCUGGUUGCCUGGCAACAUCACUGAGAUGACAAAACUCCAGGAAACAACUGCGCCCGGCCGAGAAGUAGUCCCGCACAUUAUCCCUGUAAAACCCAAACUUCAUUUGUGCGAUUUAAACGAUGAGCAUUAGGGGGGGCUAGUUUUUGUUACCUUCAGUGCCAGGCUAGCUGUUUCCCAGUCUGUUCCCAGUCUGUAUGCUAAGCUAUGCUUAUGGCAACUUCGUAUUUAGGUGAUAAGCAUGAGAGUGCUAUCAAAGCGUUCUUCCCAAUAUGCGGAAUCAUUGCUUCAAGGUUUUAUAAAGUCUGUUACUGUGGAAUGAAGAACAGAAGGUGUGCACUGCAUUUUAUUUUAGAUUAAAUCUAAUUGGAGAUAAGAAAAGUGCUUUGAACUUGCUAGAAAAACCCUGUGGAUCUUAGAAUUUGGUGAGUGACAAAAUAUAUUGUUUUGUGUCUGUUGGAUAAAAUGUAUGUACUUUCACAGAAGUUACAUUUAUAUAUAUAGUAUAGGGGAUCUUUUGGGAACUUGAGAAGAGCAGUGUGUUGAUAUUUCAAUCAGCUGGCAGCCAGGCCGACCCCAUGCCUCAAAACUUGCUCCUACAUGUUAUCUUCUUCACUGACUCCUGCAAAAGGAGACAAAUGUUAUGUUCCCACUACAGUUCCAUAAAUUCCACCUUUUUGUCAGUUUUAAGGCCCACGAUUAGACCCAAACAAUUUCAAACUCAAAAUAUAGGGAACAUUACAUUUUUUGUAGAUGAACUGCAAUGGCCUAAAUUCGGCAUUAUCCUCUCCAUGUUGUACCAUCAGUCUUAAUGUUUGUGCACCUUGAUGUGAAAUGUCAUCAUUACCUGAUGUGUGACCAUUUAGAGAAUCUCUACAUUGAAUACAAUUAAUGUUAAAAAUACCAAAAUAUGAUGAGCACAGGAAUUCUCCACACACGGCACAAUACUAAAGGAACUUGAAUUAGACUCAUGCACUGCUGACAGAAACUACAGGCAGGAUCAUACUGAGACAAAGUGUAUUACUGAGAUGUAUGCAAAUGCUGACAUUAUUUUUGUAUAAAAGAUGAUUUGAAUGGGG